AUGGGCUGCCCCAAGGAGAGUGGGAGACCCAGGUCUGCUGCUGUAGAUCAGGCAGCUGCCGCUGCACCCAGGAAGGCAGAUCCUGCCUACUCCUGGCCCUCUAAAGAGCACAGGGAGGCUCCGAUCCACAGCCACAGUUUGGGGGGUUGUAGCCCUGACGAGGAGAGUGGGGCUCCUGCAGCCGCAAUUUGGAUGGCUGCAGCGUCACCUGGGGAGGUCCCGCCCCAACUCAGAAGAGGUGGGGCUCCCACCGGCUCCAUGGAGUGUGCGGCCCCAGCUGUGCCUCCCUGCUGCAGCCGCUGCCAUCACUAUGAGGCCCCAGACACCUCAGGCUCGGGGCAGAGCUUCUUUCUCCUCCUGUGUGUGCGGAGCCUCUACCAGAAGGGAGGAGCCAGAAGGCUCAAGUUGGACCAGUGCGCCCCACUUGCCCUGCCCUCUGCCACUGGGAUCCUGCUCACCCCCUCCACCGACGGCCCAACUAAAGUCUCCAGGGACUUCCUCGCCACUCCCCAGACACGUUCCCCGGAAACCCUUAUUCUGACUUCUAACGGCUUAGCUCAGGAAGGGCUGGUGGUGGGUGGGUCUGCUGCCUGUGCCAUGAUGGGGGGAGGUUUCUGCAGCCAGAGUCUCCAUCGCCUUGGGGGGAAGAAGACGAUCCCUAUCAGUGUGGCUGGAGGUGGCACCUGGGCUGGUGGGUUCAGGGGGGCUGGUGGGUUCAGUGGGGCUUGUGGGUUCUGGGGGCCUGGUAGGGGAUGUUUUGGAGGCAGCGGUUUUGGAGGCGGUGGAAGAGGGAUGGGUGGAAGCUUUGGUGGAAGAGCUGGGGGCUUUGGUGGAGGAAUUGGAGGCUUCAGAGGAGGAGCCAGGGGUUUCUGCAGAGGAGCUGGUGGCUUUGGUGGCCCUAGUGGCUUUGGUGGCUCUGGAAGCUUUGGUGGUCCUGGUGGCUUUGGUGGUCUCAGUGACCUCAGUGAUCUAGGUGGCUUCCUGGGUGGAAUCCAGGAAGUGACUGUCAACCAGAGCCUUCUGCAGCCCCUCCAGGUGGAGACUGACCUUAAGUUUGGGUAGGUAAAGGCCCAGAAGCGGGAGCAGAUCAAGACCCUCAACAAGUUUGCCUCCUUCAUCGACAGGUAUGAAGAUGAGGUCAACAAGUGCACAGCUGCAGAGAAUGACUUUGUGGUCCUGAAGAAGGACGUCGAUGCUGCCCACAUGACCAAAGUGGAGCUGGAGGCCAAGGCGGAGAGGGUGACAGGCGAGAUGAACUUCCUGAAAGCCCUCUAUGAUGCGGAGCUGUCCCAGAAGCAGUCAGACACCAGCGACACGUCUGUGGUUCUUUCCAUGGACAACAACUGCUGUCUGGACCUGAACAGCAUCAUUGCCAAGGUCUGCGCCCAGUAUGAGGAGAUUGCCCAGAGGAACAAGGCCGAGGCCGAGGCCCUGUACCAGACCAAGCUGGGGGAGCAGCAGACCACGGCCAGCAGGCACGGGGAUGACCUGAGGAACACCAAGAGUGAGAUCAUGGAGCUCAACAGGAUGAUCCAGAGGCUGUGGGUGGAGAUCGAGAGCAUCAAGAAGGAGAACGCCAAGCUGCAGACGACCAUCGCUGAUGCAGAGCAGCGCUGGGAGGUGGCCCUCAAGGACACCAAUGCCAAGCUUCAGGACAAGAAGUCUGGACUGCAGCAGGCCAAAGAGGACCUGGCCCUGCUGCUUUGUGUGUACCAGGCGCUGAUGAAUGUCAAGCUGGCCCUGGACGUGGAGAUCGCCACCUACCGGACCCUCCCGGAGGGCGAGGAGUGCAGGGUGUCUGGGAGGUGCCAGAGUUCCCUGAGCCUCGGCUGGAAGAGCUGUUGGCGGUGGUUUUGGAGGAGCCAACCUCCCCUCCCCUCCUUGAAGCCUGUCCUCCCCACGCCUUGCCGGAUCUUGGCGGGGCGUCACCCCGGGGAAGACCUGCGGCCCGGGACUGUGGGAGUGGCUGGCAGAUGGUCCACAGCAUCACUGACGAGCGGCUGCACCCUGGGUGGAGCAGCAGGAGCUGGGGCCCGCGGACGUAGCGGGGGCCGCAGCCGCUGGGGCUUGGGCGGGAGCUCCGCGGUGCUCCGGGGCUUCUGUGGCUCCGGGACUCCUGCGGGGUCAGCCGGGGUGGCGGCGGCGGCAGCCGCAGUGACGCCAGAGUCUCACAAAGCUCCUCCCAGAGCCGGCGGUCCCGCCCCAAAUUCUGAACCUAGCGCCAGGGGCGUCCUCGGACCCCAGGCCCCUUCGCUCUCCGGGACGCCCCGCUCUGAGCUCCCGCGCACCCCCGCGGGGCCCCUUUCCUCCAUUGCUUCUGACCUGUGCGCCGGAGCCCCACCUUCCCAGACGGCUGGCAUCGCAGCACCCCGAAAGUUGCCGGGAAGGAUGAGUAGGCAGUAA